AUGAACACUCAAAAUUUUGUUGGCAGUACAACUGCUGCCGGUGAGGAUGAUAAUAAUAAUAAUAAUAAUCUUUCUUUACAACGUUCGAAUGGAAGUAUCACAAUACCAUCAUAUGAAGGAAAUUAUCACGUCGAUAUAUCAUCAACAAAUUUUGAACUCGAAACAAUAACAUCAUCAUAUACUGGUCUUAUGCGUAUUUAUCGUUUAUUAUAUAUAGCAGAACAUUAUUCAAUACGUCGUGGUCAUGAUGAUCUUGGUGAUCAUUAUUUAGAUGCUGGAGAUUUUUUCAAUGCUGUUUGUUGUUAUGUACGUUCACAAUAUUAUUGUAUUACACCACGACAUAUGAUGACAAUUAAAGCAGAACAAGCUAUUGAAAGUCUUGAAUCAACAGCAAAGUUAACAGUAACAUUAUCGGUUACGAUAACAAUGGUUAAUCCAAUGGAAGCACUGAAUUCAUCGACAACAAAUUCAACGGUUGUAUCUGAUUAA